AUGGAAACAGUGCUGAAAGGCAGACGCAGGGAGACAGCGUCCCGAAAGAACGACCGGAAGUCGAAGGCCAAGUUCAAAUCGAGGGAUCCGAAAAUCACGCCAGCCUCCCCCAAGGAGCAAGAGAACGCGUUCAACUACAAGUAUAGCUUCGCGGGCACUAGGCGUCUGACCGAAGAGAUAACCUCGAAUACCCUAGUGAAGCGCAGUUGGCCUCUCCCAUCAAACGCUGUCACGCCAGAUGGCCUCAAUUUUAAGAUCCUUGAGCUGAGGCUUCCGAACCCAGCUGGCGCGGAAGUCAAUGAGAGGACCCGGCAAGGCUUGAAGAGCGAACAGAAUGAGCUCGCGAAAUGGCUCUUGCGGAGCACGGCAGUAAUCGAGGGCCUCAUACACGACUGA